UGUGGAUCAUUAUACAUGAGGUACAUCCAUACACCACCUGUGUCAUCUCUCGUCUCCCCAACAGAAGCGGAAGAGGAGGUAGCAGCCGAGGCGGAGGCCCAACUUGCUGGAAAUGGCAACACCGAGAACCUCAUAACCAACAUCGUGGUCCGCCUGGACGCCCUGGAGCGCAUGCGCGAGGCUCUCAGCCAACUGGAGGAGCUUCAGGAGCAAGAGGAGCAGGAGGCCCACGCCCAGAGGAAGCGGGGUGAAGCUGAGGCAGCGUCGCACAAGCAGAAGGAGCAGCUUCAGGCGCCACAGCGACGGACCCAGCAGCAGCAACACCAGCAACACCAGCAACAGCAGCAGCAGCAGCACCAGCAGCAACACCACCAGCAGCAGCAGCAGGAGGCCAGAAGGAAGAAGAAGGCUGGGGAGGACAGCAGAAACUUGAGGAGGAACCUAAGACGAGGAGACAAUGAACUCCACGAUCUCUUCAUGGGAAACACCAGGGAAGACUGCCCUGUGCUGGACAGGAUCCUGCUGAACUGCAUAGGAGUAAGCGAGAAGGCUGGGGACCAGGACCGGUCCUUCCUCGACGCUUGUCUCCGUCAUGAAGUCUGCUACAUGUGUGGAGCUGGCAUGGCCGUGUCCCAGCAUGAGUGUGACGCCGUCCUCUCCUCCUCCCUGGAGGCCGCCUGCUCCAGGAACCUGGACUGCCUGAGUGCCGCCGGCAGCACCUUUAACCUACUGAGCAACGAUGGACGCUACGACGAAGAGGGCAUCUGCACCCACGACCCCUGCGUCAGACAGUUCCUCGAGUCCCGCUGAACACUCUCCACCGGCUUGGGAGACGGAUAGCCGCUCGACGGGUCUUUCAUUGUCAACUCAGCCUUUGUUUGUGUGUCUGUAUGUAUGUGUAUAAGAGAGAGAGAGCGACCUCUCCGAUUACUUUUCUGGUGGGUUGUAGAUGAGGUAAUCUGUGUGAUUUGAGAUGUUUAUGAGCUGUACCUAGGUAAAAAUUGAAGCACAACUGCCCAAUAGUUUCUUCUAUAGGACUCGUGAAGGACAGUUACUCACGAGGGAGAGAGAAACGCACAUUUUGUUGCUGAGAAACGUAGGGUGAGCGGGAGAGAAGGUCGUAUUAUUGGGAACCUUAAGACCUUGUGGAACUUAUGAUGAAGUACGAUUGGUUUUGAACUUUCUCAGAGUUCGUUAGUCUGUAUGACACGCACUCAGCUGGAAUACUAGUCAACUAUGUUGUUUUGGAUUACAGAAUUGGACUUGGCCUCAAUCGAAAUUGAAAAAGAUGAACAGGAAUCUGUAAUGGGACUUAAUUUUAAAUCUAAAGUAAACUGGGGACUACACACUGUUUCUCGCAGGCUUUUGCUGUUGCCGAGAAACAGAAAGCCAAAACUGGGUGGGGAAGGGCGUUGUGGGUCUCAGUUCCUUAGACACGGCAGAUGGAGCUAUAGACAUAGAGAACGGAGCUUGGCACAGAGAAUGGAUCGAGGCAUAGCUGGCCAUAGACACGCAACCCGGGCAAAGAGGAUGGAGGCUGACACAGAGGAUGACCUCCCAGUUUUCUCUGUUAGUGCGGUAUGAGAGAAAUGUGAGUUUAACGGGUGACUGCGUUAAGAGAAAGUGGCGGCGACUCUGGAGUAACAGCACGAAGCCAUUAGUGACCAUCACAUGUUACUGUGUUGUUCUGGCGCCUGUCCAUCUCCGGAGAGGAAGCCAAUGGUGCUCUCUUCCACAAUGUUAAACAAAACAAAACAAAUCAUUUAUAUAAUACCGAAUAAGUGACAUAUUUUCUUUGCUGGAGGUGAGUGGUAAGAAACAAUGUUUACGUGUCUAUAAAAAUGUGUGUCUUAUAAUUCUUGUAUUUCAGAAUACAAAAGCUGCUGUAUUCUGAAAUAUUUCUCAUCAAUAUGCCAUUUAAAGGCUGUAAAUCCAUGUUCCAUGUCCAUGUGUCUGUCAGUAUGUAAUAUUUGUCUAGGUUUCUGGAGAUUACAUUAUGAAAUUAAAAGGUUACGCCCCAAGUCAGAGUAUUACAAAAAAAACGCGAACUUUAGCACACAAAUAUGUUCUUUGAACACUAUAGGCGUCUUAAUGGUAGAUUUUAAAACUUUCUUUGACAGCCCAGCGGGCCAAGCCAAGCUACGUUGAUCAGACAUUGAAUCAACGUUGAUGAUACGUUGUUAUCGUUGAUCCUAAUGUUGAUAUAACGUUAAACCUACAUUGUUGUAGCGUUUCUCAAGCACAUUUUUGCCCGCUAGGAAUAGCAAAAUAUUCACACUUUUUGUAACUUAAAGUCAAGUCAAUUCACUUAAAAAAUAACACUACGAUGUAUUACAGGCGACGAGUCACAAUAACGUGGCUAAAGUAAUUUGACCAGACCUCACACACUAGAAGGUGAAGGGACGACGACGUUUCGGUCCGUCCUGGAC